GUCGUCGCCUGAACUUCUCAUCAUCACAGAGAAUGGCAGCUGCUGCGAGGACUACGGCUGGGCGACUGGUCUCUUCGAGAGCAGGGCUCUUCACGACGGCCAGGGCCAUCACGGCUGCUCCUGCCGCUGCCCGGGGGCUGUCGAGCACGGCGAGCAGAGCCGUCGCGAAGCAGGGCCAUGCCGGCGACCGAGUCAACCCUGCCUCGCCCUACCCUGAGCCUGCGGGCAUGAACCCCGUGGAGCACUAUGCCGCAAUCCAGGGCCCACUGCACGACUACGGCAGCUACCUCGUCUCCUGCCUGCCCAAGUUCAUCCAACAGUUCAGCGUCGUCAAAGACGAGCUGACGCUCUACAUUGCCCCGCAAUCCGUCAUCCCCGUCCUGACGUUCCUGCGCGACCAUACCCAGACGCAGUUCAAGGCGUGCAUGGACAUCAGCGGGGCAGACUACCCGACCCGAUCGCAGCGCUUCGAGGUCGUCUACCACCUCCUCAGCGUCCGCUACAAUGCCAGGAUCCGCGUCAAGACGUACGCCGACGAGGUGACGCCGGUCCCGAGCGCUACCGCCGUCUACAACAGCGCGGAUUGGUACGAGCGGGAGAUUUACGACAUGUACGGCGUCUUCUUUGCGGGACACAAUGACCUCCGCCGAAUCCUGACCGACUACGGCUUCGAGGGACACCCACUGCGAAAGGACUUCCCUCUGACUGGCUACACCGAGGUCCGCUACGAUGAAGAGCGCAAGCGCGUCGUUACGGAGCCAUUGCAGCUCACGCAGGCUUUCCGAAACUUCGAGGCACAAUCGCCUUGGGAGCAGGUCGGGACGGGUGAGAGCUACCGUCCAAAGGAGUACAAGCUUACGCCUCCCAAGCCAAAGGAAGAGGGUAAGGACAAGAAGUAAACACUCAGUCCCGUUUUGCUCCCGUAGAGAAAAGAUUUCCUUUGCAACUUUGGAUCUGGGCCUCGAAACCAUACACUGUUGAUGACAUAGGAUAAAGGGAACGAAAGGGUAUCAGUCACUAGAGAAAACCUAAAUAAUGCUUGGGAAGGGAAAGAAGCUAAGCCCGAUUCGAGGCGGCACGGCUUCGCGUCAUGCGUAUUGGUGCUUGGCUGUCGUCCACGGUCCUAUUUCGUGUCCGCACCUUGCUGCUGUUCUCCAUCGCGGUAGCCUCCUCGUGAGUCUCGAUGGGCGCCUUUGGGCGUACAGGAGACCUGACGAGUUGGACACUGUCGUCGCCGAUCGCUAUCUCCUCCUCUUCUGCUCCUCCCACUCCUGCUUCCU